GCCCCCGCAGGUGCGGGAAUCUGAAGCCGGGAAACAUGGUGGCCUCCUGCUUUCUCAGGAGGGGUUUGACAGCCCUGGCAGGGUUGCUGCUUUUCUCCUUCGGCAGCUUGGCCGCUAGUCAGAUCGAGGAUCAAGCAGAACAGUUCUUUAGAAGUGGCCAUACAAACAACUGGGCUGUUUUGGUAUGUACAUCCCGGUUCUGGUUUAAUUAUCGACAUGUUGCAAAUACUCUCUCUGUUUACAGAAGUGUCAAGAGGCUAGGUAUUCCUGACAGUCACAUUGUUCUGAUGCUUGCAGACGAUAUGGCAUGCAACCCUAGAAAUCCCAAACCAGCUACAGUGUUUAGCCACAAGAAUAUGGAACUAAAUGUGUAUGGAGAUGAUGUGGAAGUGGAUUAUAGAAGUUAUGAGGUAACUGUGGAAAAUUUUUUACGGGUAUUAACUGGCAGGAUCCCACCUAGUACUCCUCGGUCAAAACGUCUUCUUUCUGAUGAUAGGAGCAAUAUUCUUAUUUAUAUGACAGGACAUGGUGGAAAUGGUUUCUUGAAAUUUCAAGAUUCUGAAGAAAUUACCAACAUAGAACUUGCAGAUGCUUUUGAGCAAAUGUGGCAAAAAAGACGCUACAAUGAGUUACUGUUUAUUAUUGAUACUUGUCAAGGAGCAUCCAUGUAUGAACGAUUCUAUUCUCCUAACAUAAUGGCGUUAGCUAGUAGCCAAGUGGGAGAAGAUUCACUCUCGCAUCAACCUGAUCCUGCAAUUGGAGUCCACCUUAUGGAUAGAUACACAUUUUAUGUCUUGGAAUUUUUGGAAGAAAUUAAUCCAGCUAGCCAAACGAAUAUGAAUGACCUUUUUCAGGUAUGUCCUAGAAGUCUCUGUGUGUCUACCCCUGGACAUCGCACUGACCUUUUUCAGAGGGAUCCUAAAAAUGUCCUGAUAACUGAUUUUUUUGGAAGUGUACGGAAAGUGGAAAUUACAACAGAGACUAUAAGUUUGCAACCAGAUUUAGAAAUCAUGGAAAGCAGAUAUGAAAAGGACUGGAUGAAUGAGGAACUAAUGGAACCACUGAAAUAUGCUGAACAACUUCCUGUAGCUCAGAUAAUACACCAGAAACCAAAGCUGAAAGAUUGGCAUCCUCCUGGGGGUUUUAUUCUGGGAUUGUGGGCACUCAUUAUAAUGGUUUUCUUCAAAACAUAUGGAAUCAAGCAUAUGAAGUUCAUUUUCUAGAUGUGUGAAGAAGACGGCAUAGAAGACUGCAACCUUGGAUAAAAUUUUACGUCAUUAUGCUUUUUAAAAAAUACAUUGUUCUUGUGUGAAUUGGGCAAAAAGUAUAGGGGAACUAAAUUUGAAUGAACUAUUUUAUAACUUAAAGAAAAACAACUGUUAAUGCAGGUGCUUAGUGGCACUAAUUAUACUUUUUUGUUGUUGUGCAUGUUAUUAAAAAGAUUGGACAAAGAUCAGAGUAUAUUUAAUGGCUGUUUUUGAAAAUAAAAAUUUUCCCUAUCUUACCCCCUUUUCAUUUGGAAAAGAAGAAAAUGUGAAGACAUUUAAAUUCUCAUUAGCAGAGGUAAUUCCUGUCAGGAUUUUUGUGUGUGUUCUCCUAGUCUCUUUUUUCUGUGUACAUAUUUCUUUCCUAAAUAGAGAUCGUAUAGAAUAUUUCAUUCUGUAAUUUUACUUUUCAUUUUACAAUAUGUUAUCAACCCUUCCCCUCUCCUUGGACAUUUUUCAGAACACAUUGUGAAUAGUUGCACAGUAUGCAUUUUAUGAAUGUAUAGUAAGUUAUUUAACACUCUUCUGUUGUUGGAGCUACUUACCUUGUUCUCAGAAUCUUCCUUUGGUUCAUUCUUCAGUGUGUUAGUAUUUUACUCUGAGCCACUCAUAGAAUUCUGCAGCUUUAAUUAUAUGUAAAUAUUAAAAAAAUGAGCUCCUUUA